GCGGCGAAUGGAGAAGAAAGUUCCUCCCAAUUUAUUGCACCCGCCGCCGCUGCCUGGACUCUGCUUUUGUUCUGCCUCAGCAAUCGCGCCCUCUCCCACCGCACCCUUCCAUUCGUUUGCGACUUUGGCCACGGAUCCCUCAUCGCAAACAGCCCCGUAAUACCGCACACGUUAUCCACAGCAGUCAAGAUGGGCGAAUCUCGGCAAGAACUCGUGCAAUGGCUCAACAGCCUCCUGCAGCUCAACAUCACCAAGGUCGAACAGUGUGGCACCGGCGCCGCGCUCUGCCAGGUGUACGACAGCAUCUUUAAUGACGUGCCCAUGUCGCGCGUCAAGUUCAACGUCAACACCGAAUAUGCCUACAUCCAGAACUUCAAAGUCCUGCAGAACACAUUCACGAGACACAAGCUCGACCGGUCGAUCCCCGUCGAAUCGCUCGUGAAGUGCAAGAUGCAGGACAACCUCGAAUUCCUGCAGUGGACAAAGAGGUUCUGGGACCAAUACUACCCGGGCGGCGACUACGAUGCCGUCGGCCGGCGGAAGGGCGGCACGAUGCCCGCCGGUGGCGGUGCGGGCCCCCGGGCUGCUAGCGGCGCUGCGAGGCGCCCCGGCGGCACCACCCCAACCACGGGCCCCCGGGCCGGCGGCAUCAAGGCGGGCGGUGCGGCGAGCGCCGCCCUGCAGCAAGAGAACAACACGCUGAAGGAGACGGUCGUCGGGCUGGAGCGGGAGCGCGACUUCUACUUCAGCAAGCUGCGCGACAUUGAGCUCUUGGUCCAGCAGGCCGUCGAGGAGGACCCCGAGCUCGAGAAGCCCGAAGACGGGCUCGUCAAGCAGAUCCAGACCAUCCUCUACUCGACCGAGGAGGGCUUCGAGAUCCCCGACGCGGCGGAGCCGGUGGUGGACGACCAAGAGACGUUUUAAGGGGCGGCGGGCUCUGGCAGGAGGGGCAGGAGGCACAGAGGUGAGGAGCGAGUGUGGUGGAAGCUAUGAGGAGGUAAUUAUCGGGUCACGGGCACGUCCCCCGAAGAACAUGAUGCAUAUGACACGGAGCGCGGUCGGUAACGGCUGAGGGGUCAUCUUGGGAUGGGUUACCCUCUAUACCCCCGCACUGUCUGGUGCCGCGGCGCCGCCACCCUUUGGCUUUUUAGCAUAGCCCGCGCACAAUUAACUGUCUGUGAGAGCA